AUGGUUCUGCAAUUUCCACCAUGGAGGCACCAGUCCUACCUCGCUUUGGUCCGAGACUGGUUCUUCCCCAACCACACGAAACAGGAUGUGUUUUCCGCGACGGUAUCAGAUUCAUCACAAGACAUGAGACAGCGGGCCAUUGACAAGGUCAAUCUGUGGAUGUUCAAAGCCGGCCAGCUACCCCCGGCCAUGGAAGCUACCGCGAGCCUGACCGAGGCCUUACUGCACGAUGAAGCGAGAAGAUGUUCGUCGGCUACAUUCAUCUCUGAGUCGGCAAUGCAGAGCAUCUACGCUAUGGCUUUCGCGAGGUUUGUCAACGCAUUCGUCGAUCGUGACGUGGCUCGCUCACAUAUUGCCGGGAUGGCCAAGGAGGACAGUGCAGUUGAAAGCGAAGAGGAGGUGACAACCGUCUCAGGCAAAGGCGAGAGCUCCAUGUACGCUCACGCAGCUACCAUUGGCAUGCCGCAAAAAUUUGUUGAUAUCCGACAUCAAGUUUCGCACGGUGACAUCCCUGGCGUGCCACUUUUGAAGAAGAUGACGGAGCAAGCCCUGGAAUGGUUGUGGGAGCGGUGGUGGGUCAAGCAUGCGUCUGGAAAUCCGGAGCGAGCGUUGAGGGAGCUGGAAGAGAGACAACGGGUCUCAAGGGAGGCCAGAGAAUUGGCGAAUGGCACCUCUGCCGUGCCGUUCGAGGAUGGCCCAAGCAGUGGCACGAGUCAACAUGUAUUGAUGGAAGGAGGAUUGGAUGCAGCUUCGUCUGUAGCGGCUGGCGCGACAUCGCGCAAACGUAAAUCUACCGUAAUAGAAGACACAUAA